GGUUUCCAAGUCCUCUUCUCCCUGCGUAACGCUGAGUUCGUCCUCAACAGUAACUUCCUCAUAUUUGUAUUCAUCAUCGGAGUCGUCGGGAAUUAAAACUUGCUCGAGUGUCAUGUGACGAGAUGGCUUUAACAGCAGGGGGCGCACAAGGCGCAGGGAGCGCCCCCCUAUCCUGAACUGCCAACAAACCUAUAUGAUAACAAAUCUAUGAACUUUGUAAUUGUACUGAGUUUAACGUGUAUUCAACUUUUUGUUUUAAGGGAAAUUAGUAGUAUUAAUAGCCUAUAGGCCCUUUAAGUCUACCCUACCCAACAUUAGACUCCUACAUUUAUAAUAAGAGGUUAUUUAUAUACUCGAAUACCAUUUUAAGUAGACCAAACUCUAAUGUCAAACAUAAAAAGUUUUUUGGCAGGGAAAAAAAUGUGGGGUCUUUAAAUUAGAGUGCAUGCACAGACUGAGGAAGCGCGAUUCACCGGCUAACCAAUCAGAAGCCGCAGAUGAGUUUUGGAAGCUGAAGCAUCAGUACAAAGGUCCGCGUGCGCGAGCCAUCGCAACCAUCCGUCAUCGAGAGCAGUGCCUUCAUGAAAGCUAGAGAUAUGAGCAAAGAAGCACAGGGGGAUAAGCCAAAUCAAACAAACUACAAAUCUCCUAAUCUGUUGUCCUCAUAUUGCAUUGACAAUAUCCUUGGUAGGAACAAUCCAUUAAAAGACGGGUUCGCAGGAGAGCGCACUUUGGCAGCUCAAACAACGCUAAGCAGUUUGUGGACCCUUCAAACGGACAUGCACCUGCCGCUCAAACUCCGCCGCCCCUUUUCCCCCUUGACCAGAAUGACGGAGACUUCCAAGGAAAUUCACACGGACAACAGUGAGGCAGCCGAGCCACGACAACUGCAUAAACCUUGCGAAAACUUCAAAAUCACACAGGCUCCUAUAGUAAGCAUCAGUCGUACUAAACCAUUUCACGAACCCGUUUCUCCGGCGCAAAGGCCAGAGGAAGAAGAAACAGAGAACGAAAGAUUUUGCAGAGAGACACAUUCGUCGCCGAGACUGAUGGGACUUCAGGAGCGAGAGACAUAUGUGAAGAACAGUGAGGAAACUGCUUUAUCAGCGGGGAGUGACACUGAAGAUGGUGUGUUAAAACGAAAGCAGAGGAGAUAUCGGACUACAUUUACAAGCUAUCAGCUUGAGGAGCUGGAAAGAGCUUUCCGAAAGACUCACUAUCCAGAUGUGUUCACAAGGGAGGAGUUAGCAAUGAGAUUAGACCUGACAGAGGCGCGUGUGCAAGUCUGGUUCCAGAACCGACGUGCAAAAUGGAGGAAAAGGGAAAAAGCAGGUGUCCAGUCACACACUUUAAGCAUGCACUAUCCUGGAUCUCCUCCUGCUUUACAGCCCUUGUGUCAUUACCUGAGUGGGAAUCCUUUUGUCCCAAACCCACAUCCAUCUAUUGAUUCAGCUUGGCCUGCCCUUCAAAGACUGGCUCAGCCACCCACAGGCUCUUCUUCACCCCACAGCAUCAGUGCUCUAUUAGGGGCAGCCAUGUUUAGACAUCCUGCUUUCAUCAAUCCCACUUUUGGGAGACUGUUUACAGGGUUAGGUCCAAUGGCACUGCAAAGGAUACCCCUUCCUGCAGUGGAGGGUCCUAUUCGACCCCGUUACCUCAUCGGCAAUAACCUUCUGUCCUCAUCACCCUCAUCCCCAUCGGUGGACGUCCGCGCUUCCAGCAUAGCAGCACUGCGUCUUAAAGCAAAGGAGCAUUCUGCUCAGCUGACCCAGACCUCAGAUCAGUGCUGAAACAUAGACAUUUUACUAAAGAGAUGGCAAAAGACCAAAGCAAUAGGGGAAGAGUUACUCAAUAAAAGCAAAUAAUAGAUAUCUCUGGAAGUUGUAUUGUAAGCUUUUUUCUGGUUGUUAAGUGCUGAAUGGUUGUGGAAUGAUCCAUAGAUAUUUUUAUCCUGUUCAUUUUGCAUCACAAUUUUUACAGCCUACAUAUGCAUGUAUGCAUUUAUCUGUGACACAAAUAUCACUUUGUCAAGGUUUGAUGUGUAGUGAGCACUAAAGAUUUUGUUUUACUACUUAAAUGUAAUUUCUUAAUAUUAAGAUUUGUGAAAAAGGCUGCACUUUUUGUGUUGAUGGGAUAGGACUGAAUAGUGUGAUGGAUUUGCCAUUACAAUGAGAUUUAUUUAUGUUUAUUCAAUUUAUGUGUUUCAGAGAAAGAAGUGUUUUAACCAUAUGUCUUCUUGCCUACUGAACCUGGGAAAAUAAUAAGAGUUUGUGAAAAUGCACAAAUAAAAUGAACGAGAAAUUA